CUUGAUGAUCCGUGGAGUUAUCACGUUUCUAUACAUUGAAUAACCUUUUUUCUUUUUUUUUAGACCUUGAUAUUGAUCUCGUUUAGUCAAAGAUAAAGAAGAAAGGAAGAGAUAGUAUAUUCAUCUAAACUUCAAAGAACUAAUACACAUAGAGUGGAUAUUGCCUCCCCCUGACUCUCCGCAAUUACUGUAUUCUAGUAUUUUCUAUAUUUUGAUGUUUACGUCAUGAUAACGUUAUUUUAUUUUUAAAGGCGAGUAACACUGGCGGGGCAAUGGCAGUGCCCCCAUAUCUUUAAGUUAUUUUAGAAGCACUUGGACCACUACCUAGAUGUUCAAAUUAAAAAUAAACAAUACUUGGAUCUAUGUAUUAUUAAUAUACAAUAUCGCCACAAUAAUAAUUACAAUGUAUAUAACUGGGCAAAACACACCUAUCGAAAUAAUACCUGAUGCCAAUUAUCCUUGCUGUGUGAAGAAAACAGUUCACAAUAUUAGCAUAGUUGGCAACGAGUUUAAUGUCGAUGGACAACCGCUGCACAUAAUGUCGGGCUCGCUGCACUACUUUCGUGUACCGGCUGCAUAUUGGACAGAUCGGCUCCGCAAAUUGAAGGCGGCUGGACUUAACACCGUGUCCACGUACGUAGAAUGGAGCUUCCACGAACCAGAAGAACGGCGCUACUCUUUCUCUGGCGACCACGAUAUAGCGCAGUUCGUGCAAGCCGCUGCCGCUGAAGGCCUUUAUGUUCUCCUGCGGCCAGGACCAUACAUUUGCGCGGAAAGGGAUCUCGGUGGACUCCCUUACUGGCUACUUGGCAAAUAUCCUAAUAUUAAACUACGAACAACCGAUAAAGACUUCAUUGAAGAAACAAAAACAUGGAUGGCAAAAGUGUUCGAACAAUUGAGUCCUUUUUUGUUUGGAAAUGGGGGACCGAUUAUAUUGGUACAGGUGGAAAACGAAUACGGUAGCUACGGCAGCGAUAUGCCAUACAAAGAGCAAAUACGAGAUGUAAUCCGCGAGCAUGUCGGCACCAACGCCCUUCUCUAUACCGCUGACGGUACUUACUCCAGCCUUAUCCGAGACGGUGCGGUUCCUGGGACACUUACUACUAUUAAUUUUGGACCAGAGGCAAAUAUCGACAAGGUGUUCAAUUCACUUCGAAAGUACAUGCCUGAAGGUCCACUGAUGAACUCCGAGUACUACCCCGGUUGGUUAACUCACUGGACAGAGAACUUUCAAGGGAAAGAAACCGCUCUCAUUGUCAACAAACUGAAUGAAAUGAUGAUCAAAAAAAUAAACUUCAAUUUUUAUAUGUUCUUCGGUGGAACUAAUUUCGAAUUCACCGCAGGGGCUAACUACGACGAAAGUUGGCACAGAUACCAACCCGAUAUAACCUCGUAUGAUUACGACGCACCGCUUAGUGAAGCUGGUGAUCCAACAUUUAAAUAUUACGCCAUUAGGGAGGUUUUACAGCAGAACGAUUCAAAUUUAAAGACGGUCCCGAUUCCGGCAGAAUCUCAUAAAGGCAAUUACGGAAAGGUGUCACUGAGCAGAAAAAUAAGCUUACUGUCUCCUGAAGGGCGAUCGCGUUUGGGAAAGAAGUAUUCUGAUGUCACAGGAUCGAAAUUGCCGACAUUUGAGAGUUUACGUCAGCGCGCCGGUCUUAUGUUGUAUGAAACGACGGUUAACGAUACAAACGGAAUAUUGGAAAUCAAAUUGCCUAGGGAUCGCGUUUACGUUUUCGUUGAUAAAGUAUUCUCUGGAUUAAUAAACCGAAUGACAAAUACACACAAUUUGUCAUUGGAAACAACACCUGGUUCUGUUCUGUCUUUGCUGGUAGAAAAUCAGGGACGAAUCAAUUAUGGGUUACGUCUGCACGAUUACAAGGGUAUUCUAGGAUCAGUAAAGUUUAAUAAUAAGAAAUUGGAUGGCAAAUGGACUGUAACCGGAUAUCCGCUGGAACAAAUGAAUGCUGCAAGUCAUACUGUGUCACAAACUAGAGAUUAUGGCCCGGUGUUAUAUGAAGGGAAGCUUACACUACCAGAAGGACAACAUCCUUUAGAUACAUUCCUGGAUACUGGUGGUUGGGGAAAGGGAUAUAUCUGGGUAAACGGGCAUAACCUGGGCCGUUACUGGCCGUCGGCGGGCCCGCAGAUCACGCUAUACGUACCAGGAGUCUGGUUGUACGAAGCGCCGGCGCAAAACGAGGUGCUUUUACUGGAAUUAGAAAAACCAUCAGCUGACCUCACUAUAGAUUUCAUUGACACGCCGAAGUUGAACGGUGGAAAUUUUGCGAGUUAGCAAAGUAAGGUGAUUAUCACACUGCUUCGCGCCACGUAACGAUGUGCGGGACGACGGAGUCAUGCGCGGUGGAGGAGACGCAAACCUGCGUCAACACUUAGUUACAACACUUGUUAGCUCCGCGCAAUUGCAGCGCUAUUAAUAAUAAUAAUCAUCAUUUAUUUAGGACUCUGAAUCCAUAGUGUUAGUAUAACUUAAAAAUCUGUGCUAGUAUUGCGGCCCCGCGCCACAUAGGGAUGUCUAAAAACUGGGCGGAUAAAUCUAGAUUAAUGUAAUAUACAGUGUGCCAUUUAGUAGCAGUAGCCCUCCGUCCAGGGAAGCUCUGCCACCUUAUCUAUUUAUGCCGCCAAGCAGUAAUGUUAGCAUUACUGCGUUCCGGUUUUUAAGGGUAAGGGUGCUGGUGAAAUUACA